AUGGAUACAGAAGAUGACGCAUUGUCACAUAAGCCCGCAACAUUACAAGUAGAAUUUAUUCGUCAUACGUUACCAUCAAUUAUCAUUAUUAUUGAAGUUCAAUAUUUACCAUCAAUUACAACUCCAUUAUUUAAGAAAAUACAACAACUAUGUACAAUGAUAUUUACAUCCAAUAAUCAUAUUUAUUUAUGGGGUUCAGCAUUACAAGAACUUGGAAAAUUAAAUUCAUUUAACCUAUUUAAUACUGGCAUUAAAAUUCAAGAAUAUAAUAUACAAGAUGAAUACAGUAAUGAUAAAAAAACAGCACUACAAAUAAUUAUUAAACAUGAAUUUACAGAAUAUUUAAACAAAACAGCCACAUUAGCUGAAUGGGCAUGCGGCGUUGGUUUAGCAUUAGGUACUUAUUUAUCAUUAGACGUAGUUGGUCCCGAACAAUAUGCAAUGAAUGAUGUUUUUGCUGUUACUAAAUUAUCGUACAAAUUGAAUUUAAUACAAUUUUUACCAACAAGUUACUAUGAAGAUAUAUCUGAAGAUGAAGAAGAUUUCAAUGUACAACAAGAAUUAUCAAUUGAUAUACAACCACUACAUGAAGAAUUAAUAGUUCAUGCUACAGAUGAACUAGAAGAAACUAAUGGAAAUGAAUUAUCAUAUCAACCACACGAAGAUAUUGAACCAACUCGACAAAUAAACGAUCAACCUUAUGAAUCAAAUGAUAUUAAUACAACACAUGUGGCACAAGAUGUUAUCGAACUUCAACCUGGUGAUAAUAUGGAUACACGAUCCUUACCUGAAAUUAUGAAAGUUUAUUUUUAUCAUGAACCAAGUCAUCCACAUCUACAACAACAUCAUAAUGAACAUCCAACACCAAAGUUUAUUCAUGAAUUAUUACCUUUAACAAACAAAGCCAAUUAA